ACAGUAUCCUACGACACAGGCUACGACGACGCCUCGCGCUCCCUCAACGUCGUCUCGUGCUCCGACGGCUCCAACGGCCUCGUGACCAAGGGAUACACGACGCAAGGCUCGCUACGCAACUUCCCUUACAUCGGCGGGUACCAGGGCGUCGCGGGCUGGAAUAGCCCUCAGUGCGGCACAUGCUACUCCGUAACCUACAAGUCCAAAACCAUCUACGUGCUCGCGAUCGACCACGCCGCGAGCGGCUUCAACAUCGCCCAGAAGGCCAUGGACGACCUGACGAACGGGCAGUCGGUUGCGCUGGGAAGGGUCGACGCGCAGUAUAUCCAGGUGCCAGUUAGCAACUGUAAGCUUUGA